UGUGGGUAGUUCACUUUUUUAGGUUAAUUUUCUGACGUUUCUCUAAAUUUUUAAUAAUAACAAAAAUUCAAAAUGUUUUCUAUGCCAGAUAAAAAUAUGCAGUUUACUAUGAGUAAACAACAAGAAAUGCAACAGCAGCAGGUACAGCAAGCUCAGCAACAGCUGCAACAAGCCCAGCAAAUGCAGCAACAAGCCCAACAACCUCCACAACCCCUUGACAACAUUUCGAAAAUAAAAGCUCUCGUUGUGCCCCUCAGAGAAACUUUAGCACUUACUAUAAAAACCGCAGCACAAACUUUGAACCAGAACAGCCAGAUCGACUCAGGAUCUCAAAAAGCACCGGAUGUUCAAAUUCCUCGCUUUGAUAAAAACCUAGAAGAAUUUUAUUCAAUAUGUGAUCAAAUUGAACUUCAUUUGAAAACAUCAAUAAAGUGUUUAAUGCAGGCAGAAAGCAGUAACAGAUACUUAAAUUUGAUGGUUGUUCCAACUCGUAAUGAAAACAUGGGAAUGAAUGAGAACAGUUUAACGUAUCCUCAGUUUCUUGCAACGGUUGGGGCUCAAGUAUCGUACACUAAAGAAAUCCAUGAAACUUUACUAGCUGCUGCCCAAAAUAUAUCACCUUCCGAAUGACAUUUUCAGUAUUAGAACUUGGACUGAAAAAUUAUAUUACCUAUUUACAUUUAAGCAUUAUAUUUAAACAAUAAUAAUAUAAGAUAGUAUUAAGAAACUUGUAAUAAAGUAAGUGUUUUAGUAUA